AUGCAAGAGCCAUUUAAAGUGAGUAUUAGAGUGAAGCCUUACGAGGGAAGAUCGAGAUUCCUCACUUAGAGAAUAGGAAAAGAAACUGUAUUAUCGAAAUAAUCAAUAGAUUAUAUAAGUAGAAUGUCCAACUCAAACAAUACGAGACCCUGAUACUUAUGAGUAACGAUCAUUUGCAUUUGAUAAUGUGUUUAAUGAAGGAGAGAGCACACGAGAUAUCUAUGAUACAGUAAGAGGAUUUGAUAUAUAAUACUAGUCGAUAUCAUAAAUGAUUUAUGAUUGUGUUUCUUAAGGUUAUAAUGGUACAAUUUUGGCUUACGGUCAAACAGGUUCAGGAAAGAGUUACACAAUGUUUGGCAACUUAUAUGAUCCUUUAGUAGAAAAUGAUGGAUUAGUUUCAAUGGUUUUAGAAUAAUUAUUCCAAAUGAACGUUAAAAUUAGUAUUUCAUAUUUGGAAAUUUACAAUGAACAAAUACGAGAUUUAAUAGGAGAUUAGGUUGGUUUGUAGUUAAAUGAAGAUCCCAUUAAAGGAGUCAUGUUGUAAGAUGUAUAGGAAUCAUAAAUUAUGACGAUUGAUCAAGCAAAAUCAAUAAUAAUUAAUGGCAAUUAAAAAAGAGUAAUGGCUGCAACUAAUGCCAACCAAUUCUCUUCUCGAUCCCAUGCUAUUAUUCAAUUAUUUGUUGUAAAUUAACAAUAUCAAUGCAAAUUAUCCUUAGUGGAUUUGGCAGGGAGUGAAAAAGCAAAUGUAAAUGAAGGUAGUAAAGGAAUUAGACAAAUGGAAGGAGCCAAUAUCAAUAAAAGCUUAUUAGCCCUCGGCAAUUGUAUCAAUAUGUUGGCUUGUGAUUAAUCAAUGAAGAAGUUUGUACCUUACAGGGAUUCAAAAUUAACUAGACUUUUAAAAGACUCAUUAGGAGGCAAUACUAAAACUCUUAUGAUAGGAUGCGUAUAACAAGUAGUGUAAUGUCAUGAAGAGAGUAUUAACACUUUAAAAUACGCUUCCAGAGCCAGAGCAAUAAAAAAAAAGAUUGUCUAAAAUAUUAAAAUUAAUGAUGUCACAAAUUGUAAUUGUAAUUGCAGUUCAGAAAAUGUAAGUUUAUUACAAGCUGAAAUUGAAGCAUUAAAAUAGGAAGUAUCAUUCUAGUGUACUUAAUUAUUAAUAAUAUUAUAGGUUAAUUGACAGAAGAGGAGAUUGAAAUAAGAUUGAAUUUAAAGCAAAUCGAUUAAUUGCAAUUUUAAAACAGAGAAGGUUUAGAAUAUUUAUUACAAUAAAUGAAUUCUGAGAUGGUCGAUGAAGAUCGAUUAAAGAAUGAUAUAAUGUAAUAUGAAAGAGCAAUUAAUGAAAAUGAGCGGAUCCGAUUAGAGUUGACUUCUUAAUUGUAAUCUAAGAAGAAAGAAAGAACUGAUCCAAGAGACAUUCAAAUUGAGAUGCUUAAAAAAGAAAUUACUUUUCUCAGGGAUCAGAUUAAAUAAAAGGAUUCAGUUAUUGAUUCCCUGAAAAUGGAUAAGGAUAAUAGUAAAUAAUCCAGACCACACACUAGUUAUUAAGAAACUGAUAGAUCAAAAAUGAAUAAAGAGAAUUCUAUCGAAAUCGAUGUCAGAAAAGACAGUCUACAAUAUUGUGGCUCAUCUAAAUCUAUUAAGCAACCUACAAACAGAGAAGAAGAAUAACACCUAUAGAAAUUAAAUAAAGCCAGAGAUAAUUAUAAGAUAUUUAGGGCUAAAAUGAUUCAACUCUAAGAAAAAAUGAAUUAUUACACUAAAAACGACAUCUAAUUGAGCUAAAAUUAAUUAAAAGAAAUUAUUGAUAUGAUGAAUGAACUCUCUACUCAGAAUGGUCCUGUCCUAAAAUAAGAUGAAGAAAUGAUUAUCUACUUUCAAAAAUUCAUUAAGUCUUAAACUCAGAAAUCCUAAUAAUAAAUUACUCAAACUACAUUAAAUAAUCAGAUAACUACACCUUAGCAAAGAUCAAGGAGUGUCAAUCCCAAUCCAAUUAGAGGAAAAGGAACUUCUUAGCACUAAAGAAAACCUUUACAGCCUACCAAUUAAUCACCUAUGAAUAGACAAUUAUUCAGUAAUCACACCAAAUAAUAUCAGCAAUUAGUUUAAAAAGCAAAAAAGGUAUAAUAAUGGUUUGAUUUUAGGAAAGUUGUCCCACUCCGUAGAAUAAAUAAAAGUUCAUUUUGGAAUACGUAAAGAAAAUGGAAAAUCCGUUACCGAGGGGGAGCAACAAGUCCCCACUACAAUCAUUCAGCUCAGAUAAUUCAGAUAAGUAUUAAUUCACUAAUAUAAGACCAGAGACGAUAUUAUUAAGCGUAGUUUUGUCUAAAAAGUACCAUUUCAAUCAAUUUAAUGA